GUUGUGACAUUAGGAUCUUUAUGUGGGUCUUUGAUGCUGAGCUCAGACCAGUGAAAGCGAUCAAUCCUCCAGCUUACGUUCCAGUGCAGGUGAUGCCCUCUGAUGGGCCCUCUGGACAGCCUGAAGCAUUUGUAUUGGUUCAGCACACCAAUGUGAACAUCAUCACUGAGCCUCGAAAGGACCAUAUUAUCUGGUCCCUCCUUUGUUUUGUCUACUCAUACCCUUGUUGUUGUUUUGGACUUGCAGCUCUCAUUUAUUCUAUCAAGGCCAGAGACCUCAAGGUGGCCAGAGAUCUAGCGCGUGCUCGACGCCAUGGCUCCACUGCACGCAAACUUAACAUCGCUGCCACAGUCCCGUUUGCCAUUUUAUUCCUGAUUUUCAUUGCUCCAGGCAUUAUUAAUGCUGCAAUGGUGGCUAGUGUUAUAAAAGAAAUGCCAAACAGUAACCAUCAAUAUAACGGAAAUUAA